AAUUAAUAUAAAUUAAUAUAAGUCUCAACGACAUAAGUCGCGACUAAAAGUUAUGGAGAAUACGGGUUUGAGUCCAUUGUUAAUUGCAAAAUUAAAGAUUAAAGAUGUUAUAAGUAAAAUGAAAAAUAAGUCACCGCAACUGCAGGAAGUUCUUAGACAGAGAUGUCGUCGACGAAUGAAAGAAAGAAGAAAAGAAAUAUUUAAUGCGAGAAGACUCGGUCUAGGAGAUAUAUCUGAAAAGUCGGAAGAAAGUUUUCAAUUGGAUGAAGAAACGAACGAGGAAGAAGAGAACUGGAUAUGCGAAGAAUACGAGCGUAUGCUGCAGGAUGAAAUCGAAUGGAUAGAAUCGCUUGUUUACGACGAUAGGAAAAUAGUAAUUUGCCCUGUAUGUCAAACGGAUACCAUGGUAGAAAUAUCGGAGUCCGUAUAUUGCAAAGUUUGCGGAUUUUGGCCGACGAAUUGUAACGAUAUUGAAACUCUUGGAAAUUUAAUUGAUAAUAGCGUCGAUAAUCAUUCCCAACGUUGCACCGCUGUACCCGGUUUUACGAUGGUCAGCGAGAACAACAGUUCUGUUCUGUAUAUGACAUGCGAAGAAUGUUCGUUUUUAACGUGCGUUAUAUAAUAUCCCUGUAAAGAGUAAUAACUUUGCGAAUAUUUUCGUAUAUUUAAAUGGCCUCAUUGUUAAAUUUAAUUUAUUAUAAUUCGUGCAUAUAAUUUUUAGUUUUUAGAUGAACCUUUGACACGCUAUGCGAGUAUCUUUUUGCAGAGAUAUAGUAUAAAUUCUAUCAUUUUCUUGGAAAGGGAGAUGCAGCGAUUCUAAUCUUAUUAUUUAGUUCAAAAAAUAAAGCCAGGAGAGAGGAUACAACGUUAAUCCUAAGCGAAUACGUUCGACCAAAUGAAAGUGCCAUCAACGGUAUUUAUUUUCUAACGUGAAUAAUUUUAACAAAUUAGGAAUAUACAAGGUACAAUCGUUAUCCCAUUUUAUCGUCAUUUUUUUUUUUUUUUCUAUCAAGAUUAAACAUUUGUCAUAUCAAUAACAGUAUGGUAUAAUUUUCACGCGAGUACGAUAGAUAUUGUAUGUACAAAAUAAACAUUCCUUUGCUGUUUCGCUCUUCUCACGUGCCACUUGUAAAUACGCGUAUAAACGCGUCAUAAGUUUGAGUAAAAAGAAAAAGAAGAAACGUUCGUACGUCGUAUAGCUUACAAAAGUAACAAUAAUUUUACAAUAGAGGUUUAAUAAUUCAAACAAAUAAAAUAUGUAUACAGUAUACAACGACGAGUCCUGAAAAGUAAAUAUAUUGGAAGAAAGUUUAUUUUUGUAUGAUCGUACAUCUUUCUCUUAUGUAUAUACAUAUGUACAUACGCACAAAUGAGGAUCGUUCCGUAAAUGGUUUACCUCUCCGCUCGCACGCUUCUCUGCACGUACAUGGUAUUUAUACAUACAUACACGGAUACACACAAUUUUGAAGAUUUCGUGUAAUCGUAAAAAUGAGAAAACUCUAAUAUGCGGAAUCCCUUUAAUUAGGCAGCUAAGCUCUGAUAAUUGAAAUUUAUAUGUGAUUUGUACAUUUCUGAGACAUAAGGUUACACAUUAAACGUUAUAUUCAUAGGCUCUAUAAAAUAUAUGUACAUACGUAUAGGUAUGUAUAUGAUUUUUUGUUUUGUUUUUCUCCUUUUACGAGCAGUAGAUAGAUCGCAAAGUGAAAAUCUAAUAUAACACGAACAUCGAUAACAUCGAUGUUUGAUAAAAUUUAUGGAGGCACACGGUUAGAUGCGUAACUCGAUUUAUAACUCUUCUCCUAAUAUGGCGAAAGCUUCGCGUUUAAAGCCUGUUACAGUUUGAAUAUUACGUAUUACUUUAAUACCACCAAGUCUCUCGUAAUAACAUUAAUAUAUGGCACCUAUUUAUGGAAACGAUUAAAAACGCGUUAGAAUAUCGACGUACGAAACUUACGCAUUCUGUUUGAAGGCCUUAGAUAAUAUGAUAUAUGUAUGUAAAUAAUUAUUUGGCAUAGCUACAUCUAUAAUUAAAUCGUUCCUUUGUAUUGAA